AUGGGCAAACGCAAACGCGAUGACGGCGCCGACGAGCAAAAAUCGAAACGAGUCAAAAACAAAGCCAAAUACGAGCGUAAAGGGAACAAGGCCCGAAAGCGGGCUGCUAAUAGAAAAGAUGGUGGAAUUGGGCAGGGCGCGAAUGCAAUUCCCGUGAAAGUUAGGGAGGGGUUUUCGUCUGCAGGAGAAGAGAAUGGUGAAGGGGAGAAGAAAGAGGAGGCGCACUUCGUUAUUGAUCCUACGCCUAUGGAUGAUGCAGAGUUGGAGGAGAUGAAGAAGACAAAGGGGGAUAAGAAGAGAGAGAGGGAGCCGGCUAGAAAGGAGGAUGCAGGUGUGACUGAGGACAAACCUACAGCGGUGGUUCAGAGUGGGAAGAAAGUGGGCAAGAAGACGAGCAUGCAGUCGCCGAGCAAGAAGGAAAGCCGAGAGACCAAGAAGGCCAGGCAGGAGACGCGAAAGGUAGAUAAGAAGGAGAAAAAGAAGCUGAAGGUGCAGAAGGAGAAGAAGGGGAAGAAGGAAGAAGAAGCUGCCGAUUCUUCUUCUUCGUCGUCGUCGGAUUCAGACUCGGAUUCGGAUUCAGAGAUAGAGGAGAAGCCUUCCAAGACGAAUGAGGCUGCCAAAGAAGAUGCCCCAGCUGCAAAGGAAUCAAAGCUGAAAAAGACCACCGAAACGGGCAAAAAUGCUCGUUUUAUUAUCUUCGUUGGAAACCUCCCCUUCACCGCCAAUCUGGAAAGUGUAACCGAACACUUUUCCAAAAUCUCCCCUGUUUCAGUGCGCGUUGCAACCGACAAGAAUAAAACAAAUCAAUGCCGUGGCUUCGGAUUCGUCGAAUUCGAGCAGUUUGAUCGGAUGCAGACAUGUCUGAAAUUGUAUCAUCAUUCGUCCUUUGACGAUGGGAAGAGUCCGGCGAGGAAGAUCAAUGUCGAACUUACUGCUGGCGGUGGCGGAAAAUCAGACCAUCGCAAGACCAAAAUCAAAGAAAAGAACGAGAAACUCGCCGAAGAGCGUGCCAAAGCUGCCAAGGAGAAGAAGCAACAGAAAGCCGAAACUGAAACUGCCGGACAGUUUGCGGGUGUGCAUCCGAGUCGGUUGAAUAGGAUGCAAUAG